UUUGGUGCUAUCUUCACCGAUAUUAAAAUGGCCACCUGCGAUGGCGUCAUCGAUUGUUCACCUCCCAAAAAAGCAAAAUUGGCCGAAAAUUCCGAAAAAUGUAACGACGGCAUUCACGAGACCCUCGCAGACUUGUCAUCAUUUCAGUUAGAAAAAGUCCUGCAUAACAAUACCAACAGAAAGACCGUGUGCCUUAAAGGAAAGUUUGCCGCGAAAAAUGGGGACGCGUUAGUGCUCCUAGAGAAAACAGCUUUUGCCGAGGAAAACCUCACAGGGGACAGUGACUACUUCACGAAGGCGAGUUCCUUGGAGAAGGUGUUUCAUAACGACAUUUACGGAAAUUACAACUAUUUCCCGAAAAUUAACCUCAACACGGUUAAAGCCACGAUUAUUCAUCCGGCCACCGAGGAGCAUUUCUUGAAGUACUCGCAACAGAAUUGUCGCAUCAUUGACGAAACCCCCGAGAUUUACGAACAAGUCGUCUUGCCCCAAAUCACCUCGGAACAGUUUGAUUUAAACUGGGUUUACAACAUUUUGGAGCACAAAUCAGAGUCUGAUCGGAUCGUGUUUGAGGACUCGGACCCCAACACAGGCUUUAUUUUGCUACCUGACUUGAAGUGGAACGGUGAAGUUGACACACUUUACUUACUAGCAGUUGUCCACAAACGUGGGAUUAAAUCGUUGCGGGACUUAACAGGGGCCCACUUGCCACUACUCAAAAAUAUACAAAAGAAGGGCAUUGAAGCGAUUAAAUCGAAGUAUGGGCUUGAUGGCAACCAACUGAGAAUCUAUCUGCAUUAUCAACCAUCAUUUUACCACCUGCACGUACACUUUACUUAUAUCAAACAUGAGGCGCCUGGAAUUUUGGCCGAAAGGGCGCACUUGUUAGCAAAUGUGAUAAGUAACAUUGAGCUGUUACCAGAUUAUUAUCAAAAAGUCACUCUACCGUUUGUCGUCCGCGAAAACGACAAGUUAUUCAAAAAACUCAAAGUCUAAACAUGGACAAAAUUUUCUACAAAUCUGUAAUACUAGAAAUCAGGCCGCGUUUGCAGUCCGUCAACGUCCUAAUCAACUUGAUAUCGCCCCUCGAGGUCAGCAAAAUAUCCCUCAAUGAGGACAGUUUCCAGAUACUUGUGGACGAACACGUCCAUACUGUUUCUUGCAAAAAUUUAAAAAUCGUGGUUAAUUCGUUAA